AUGGACACCAUGGAGCCGGAACAGACCCCUUUCUCCUCCGUUACUACGCAUACCUCCAAGAUCCAGAGACAAUACCAAGCACUUCUCGAUCAGUCAACGCCCUUUGUGCUCUACAGAUGGGUCGGUACCGGCGUCUGCCUCCUUGUCUUCUUCGCCCGCGUCUUCGUCGCGCAAGGCUGGUACAUUGUCGCAUACGCUCUCGGCAUCUACCUCCUCAACCUCUUCCUAGCCUUCCUCCAGCCCAAGUUCGAUCCUUCCAACGAAGCGCUUGACAAUGAGAUGGAAGACGGAGGCGUUGGUAUUCUCCCCACCAAGCAGGACGAGGAGUUCAAGCCCUUCAUCCGCCGUCUCCCCGAGUUCAAGUUCUGGUACUGGGCCACCCGCGCCAUCCUCAUCGCCUUCUUCUGCAGUUGGUGGGAGAUCUUCAACGUCCCCGUCUUCUGGCCCGUUCUGGUUAUGUACUGGUUCAUCCUGUUCUUCCUGACGAUGCGCAAGCAGAUCCAGCACAUGAUCAAGUACCGCUACGUCCCCUUCACUUUUGGCAAGAAGAACUACGCCGCCAAGAACAACUCGUAG